CUGCUAUAAAACAAAACAAAACAAAAGUUUAUUUUGACAGUCUAAUUAAAAACAAGAUAAAAAUAAUGAAAUACCUAAUGAUUGAUUACUACUGACCCUUGUGGCUAUCAAAAAAAGCCUUCUAUUCGCUUCGCAAUAUGUAAUUCAAUUGUUUUGGUUUCAUUUGUUUUUUUUUGUAAUUGACAGUAAUUGACGUGAAUUUUACAAGUGACGAUUUCAAUGCUUCAUUGCAAUUAAGCACAUGAUAUAAAUAAUCUCCUCAGGUAAAUAUCGCUGAAUUAAAGAAAUAAAAAUGAAGGCCGUUAAUUUAAUUUCAACAAGAAACUGCUUUAAGACGAUAAUUCGAAAUCGAUCAACGGAACCAACGAGAGCAAUGGAGGCAGUUGUAAAAGCAAAAUCGCCAACAAUUGACAUUGAAGAUGUUUCGAGAUUUUCGCAAAUAAGCGAGACGUGGUGGAACAUCUCAGGUGAAAUGAAACCACUUCAUGCAUUAAAUCCACUAAGGAUACAAUUUAUUCGCGAUGGAUUAGCGAAUAUUGGACACGAGGCACAAGAUCCCUGUCAGCCCCUGGAGGGAAUUUCAAUUAUAGAAGUUGGUUGUGGUGGUGGAAUUUUGUCGGAACCCUUGGCUCGUAUCGGAGCUAAUAUGACUGGAAUAGAUCCAUCCGUUGAAUUAAUUAAAUGUGCAAAAAAACACGCUGCAUUGGAUUCUUCAUUAUCAAAGCGUUUAAAUUAUAUUCAAACAUCUGUCGAGGAAUUGGCUCAAUCGAAUAGCAAAAAGUAUGACGCUGUCGUGGCUUCCGAAGUUUUGGAACACGUUGCCGAUCAAGAAACAUUUUUAAAAUACUGCACAGAUUUGUUAAGACCUGGUGGUUCAAUUUUUCUAACAACGAUGAAUAAGACUUUUCCGUCUUGGCUGGGAGGAAUAAUUGCAGCGGAAUAUAUUUUGAAACUGGUACCAAUCGGAACUCACGAUUGGAAUAAAUUUAUUUCACCAAGGGAGACACGACGAUUACUUGAAAAGUACAACUGUCGAACUAAAUUGGUUCACGGAAUGGUGUAUAAUCCAUUAAAAAAUGAAUGGUACUGGUCGUCAUUGACUCCGAUAAAUUAUGCGAUUCAUGCCAUUAAGAAAGUGGAAUAGUUUCUCGUUACAAUAUAAAGUGUUGUAAAUAAUUUUGUAAACAUUUACAAGUUUACUAUAAGAGAUUCUUUAAGAAACACACAAUUAUGCUUAAGAGCAAAUUUUCUAGUUUUCAUAAUUGAUAAUAAAGUUUUCUUUAACAAUAA